AAUGGUGAAUGAGAAUGGAGGAGGAAGACUACAACUCCUCCCUCGCCUACGGGGAUGACUACCCAGAUGAUUUCGACUCCCUUGUGGUCUUGGAGGAGCUGUCUCCUGUGGAAGCUAACGUGGCCAGGAUCUUCCUGGUGGUGGUCUACAGCCUUGUCUGCUUCCUCGGCAUACUGGGCAACGGCCUGGUCAUCAUCAUCGUCACCUGCAAGAUGAAGAAGACGGUGAACACUGUCUGGUUCCUCAACCUGGCCGUGGCAGAUUUCCUGUUCAACGUCUUCCUCCCCAUCCACAUCGCCUACGCCGCCAUGGACUAUCACUGGGUGUUUGGGACGGCCAUGUGCAAGAUCAGCAACUUCCUGCUCAUCCACAACAUGUACACCAGCGUCUUCCUGUUGACCAUUAUCAGCUUCGACCGCUGCAUCUCUGUGCUCCUGCCUGUCUGGUCCCAGAACCACCGCAGUGCCAGGCUGGCCUACAUGGCCUGCGUGGUCAUCUGGGUCCUAGCAUUCUUCUUGAGCUCUCCUUCCCUAGUCUUCCGGGACACAGCCAACCUGCAUGGGAAAACCUCCUGCUUCAACAAUUUCAGCCUGUCCAUGGCUGCCUUUUCUCCCCCUGGGCCCGCGCAUUCCCGACUGGACCCUGUGGGAUACCAUCGGCACAUGGUGGUGACCGUCACCCGUUUCCUCUGUGGCUUCUUGAUCCCCGUCCUCAUCAUUACCGCCUGCUACCUUACCAUCGUCUGCAGGUUGCGGCGCAACCGCUUGGCCAAGACCAAGAAGCCAUUCAAGAUUAUCGUGACCAUCAUCAUCACCUUCUUCCUCUGCUGGUGUCCCUACCACACGCUCUACCUGCUGGAGCUGCACCACAGCGCCAUGCCUGGCUCCGUCUUCAGCCUGGGCGUGCCCCUGGCCACCGCCAUUGCCAUCGCCAACAGCUGCAUGAACCCCAUCCUGUACGUUUUCAUGGGUCAGGACUUCAAGAAGUUCAAGGUGACCCUCUUCUCCCGACUGGUAAAUGCCCUGAGUGAAGACACGGGACAUUCCUCCUUCCACAGCCACAGAAGCUUCACCAAGAUGUCAUCCAUAAAUGAGAAGACUUCAGUGACUGAGAGGGAGACCAGCAUGCUCUGAGGCCACCCUGGAGACGGAACGCCAAGGCGAGGAUCUCUUCAGCACCCUGGGAUGCCCACUGCAUUUUGCCCUUGGUUGGGGGAGGGGGAGGUACACAGUAUUUAAAACCAGGACUCCAGAUGGAA